AUGAGGGCGGUCACCGGAACCAUCCUCUCCUCCCAGCCGUGCCCGGUCGCCAAGGUCUCGCGCGUCCUCGCGCGCUUCGUCGAGGAGUCCCCCUCCGGCCUCCUCUCCUCCGACGCCGCCACCUACCUCCGCACCGCCAUCGAGGCCGCCGCCGAGCUCAACUGCUUCCGCCGCGACCUGCGCAGGCUUCAGGUUGGCGGCGAGAGCGAGAGGACCCAUCGGCACAAGCCGGUAGAGGAGGAGGAGGCCAGAUGGGAGCCCAAGGCGGCGGAGGAGGAGGACGGUAGGUGGGAGCCCAAGGCGGAGGAGGAGUACGGUAGGUGGGAGCCCAAGGCGGCGGCGGAGGAGGAGGAGUACGGUAGGUGGGAGCCGACGGCGGAGGAGGAUGAGGAGUACGCCAUGACGAUUCCUGCUGCCGUUGAGAAGACGAGCAGCAAGAAGAAGGGGUCGAGGGAGGAGAAGCGGGACAUUGCUGCUCCUCACGGAGAUGUGCAGAGUCCUGUCAGUGAGAAGAGGAGGAAGAAGAAAGAGAAGCGUGUGAAGGAGGAAAUUGAAACAGAGUAUGCGAUUGAGGAGCAGAGCAAGAAGGCCCUUGGUGAUGCUCUGCAAGGUAUGUUGUCCGAAGAAGGAAUUGACAGUGAAAGGAAGGCCAAGAAGAAGAAGAAACACAUCAAACAGGAAGAGGAGGAGGUGAUGGGUGCGAAGGAGGCGGAGCAAAAUAGGGUUCAUGUUGGUGUGGCUGAAAAUGGGCUGGCUAGUGAGGAGAAGAAAAGGAAGAAAAAGAAGCACGCUGAAGUGAAAGAGGUGAAGAAAGAAGUUGUUGAUGAUGGUGAUUUGGGAAGCGAGAAGAAGAGGAAAAAGAAGAGGGGCAGAGAUGGCGAUAAUGGUAACGAUACAGAGCUAGUAGAGCAUAUGAAGAAGAAGCAGCGGAAGUGAUCUUGGAGGUUAGGUUCAGAAGAACUCCAUACUGUCGAGAAAUGUGAAAGGUUUUUUGAAGAUUGGUACGGUGAGGUUGAUCUGUCUGUUGUAUUUUAGGCUUUAUAGAGGCUGUGGUCUUUUGACCACUUUGGUAGACCAACAGUUAUGUUUUGUGACAUCUGAUGCUUAUGCCAUGCUAUUGUUGCAAUGAAAUUUAAAUUAUUGUUAUCCCUUGAG